GACCAUUUUGUUGUCAUCAUCGAACAUGAUUGAAUGUCGAUGACCGCAGACUUUCUGCUUGAAUAGAAGUGAAUUUCAUGGUGAAAUUAAACGCAUACUGAUAACGGCGUUUUCCACGAUAAGGCCAGAAAAACAGGAACGUCAUGCAGGUGUACAAGGAGGCCGCCGAAAGAUGAGUCGUCCCCAGACUCGGCUGUUGUGCCUCGGCAGCACCGGCUGAAAAGGACUAUGGAUCUCCAUGGAUGAGCCUGACUGACCAAGACUUUUUGUUUUUCUCUAAGACCUGACUAAGAAUUUCUUCACAUAAUGUCUGUCUCCAAUGCAGCAAAGCUACUUCAGAUGCACCAGUGACAACGACCAGCCAUAAAGAGGAGUUUAAAUCCAGCACUGGGUCUGAUAGACGGUUUUGGCUAAGGCGCUGUUUGACAACACAGCAGAGAGCCCCGAGGAGCUGGCUUUUCGGAAAGGUGACAUCCUCAUGGUUCUGAAUCAGGAGCAGAGUGGUGGACCGGGCUGGUGGCUCUGCUCCUUGCAUGGAAGGCAGGGCAUUGCCCCUGCCAACCGCCUCCGUCUCCUUCAGACGGCUCCACCCCCCAACUCAGAUCUACGGCGCGGCCCCAGCGAGGACUCAGUUUACCUGUCUCCCUGCCACCCUCUGACUCGGUCCACCGUCAGCAGCAGUGCGGAGGAAAUUGAUGGGGUGUACCGCUCGCCGCCUGGUGUGGGUGAGGGUAGGGGAGUAGUGGUGGCUGCUGCAUUGAGACCAGGGGAGCUCCGCAGAGUUGAGGGGGGUCGUCCCCGCUCUCACUCCAGCUCAGGCAUCAGGCCCAGGCCUGACUGGGACAUUGGGGUGGCAGGGCGUCCACGCUCACCUUCCCUUAGGGGACGUGGCACAGAAUCCACAGGAACACUUUAUCAGACUCCAGUGAGUCCAGUACCAUCAGCAGCGCAGCAGUGCCGACAAACUGCAGCCCUCAUGGCUGCAGAGUCGGUCUACCUCUCCCCCAGUGCUGCUCAAAGGGCAGCAGAUGAGCCAGAGGACACUACGUAUCUGAUCCCCAGGGAAACGCUGACAACAGGACCCUCAGAAGACUGUUAUUUGGUACCGAAAGGUACACCGCUGGCAGGUGAUGAAGUUUGCCAGUGUCCUUCAGGAACAGCAGCAGUUGGAACGACCAGUGCCCCCCCUGCUGUCAGUGGUACACCCCAGGCCAAAGUGAGUCAGGACACACCUGGAAUGUAUCAAACACCCACAGCCGUGGGGGCAAAUCUCCACAGGACUCCAGCCGCUGUUUUGGCCCACCAGCAUCCAGUUCCAUCGUCCCCCUCUCAUGCAUCUCCCAGACUUAACCCUGCAGUUUCCAGGGGCAAACCUGGCCUGGCCACUCACCGCGGAUCACCUUUGUUAGUCAGGGCAGGCCAGGUCAGGGUUCCCGGAUCACCAAAUUUUGCUCGCAAACCGCCACCACCAGCACCUCCUGUGAGGGGCGUCACCAGGAAAGAUACACAACAAGCAGCGCUUUCAUCUGUUGAUGCUAAUGCUGUCCCUAAACCAACAGCUCAGAACAACUCUACUGGCCUGAUGCCGGAGGAGACGAGAGACAGACAAAAAGAGAGUUCUCAAAGUGAGGACGAGAAGACGGUCAACGGGCUGGACAGAAACAGCAGUGUGGACAAGAAGAAAGGAGAAGGUCAGGAGAAGUUACACUCUGUCAAUGAGCAGGUGUACGACACUCCUCCCACUGGUAGGUGGCAGCGUCCUGUCUUAUCUUCUAUUGGUGACGAUGAUGGCAUUUACGACACCCCACGCAGCGUCCCACCACAAGACUCUGACACUGAGGUCUACGAUGUGCCCACCAUUACUCUAAACGCCACAACAGAUGUUCACCCUGAUGAAGUCGACGAGGUCUACAGUGUUCCCACACUUCCGGGUGUUCCUCUGGGACCAGGAGAGUCCAUGUCCAGCUUGUCCACUGAGGAGGGUGCAGGACAUGUUGGACAGGUCUAUGGUGGCCCUGGAUCUGAAAAACGAGCCAGCAGCGGCUCCUCGGAGCCUGACUGUGGCAUUUACGACAUGCCUGCCUUGACUAUUGAAGUCCAGCCUCACUCCUGCUCCUCCUCCUCAUCUUCCACCUCUGCUCGGCGUCUGUCCUGUUCUAGUAAUGGUUCUGGUGACGUGACGUGGCGAGCUUCCCUCUCCAGCCUGGUCCAGUCGGUGCUGAGUGCGGCCUCAACCUCGGCCUCCACCCUGUCGUCACGAGACCUGGCCACAUCACUGGCAGAAAUCCUCUCCACCUGGAAGGCCAGUCACCUCGGUGACCCCCCACCUCCUCUGCAGCAGGCGUGGGCACGUCUCUCAGACCUGCUGCCAGCUUUAUCAGCAAUAGGCCCUGCACCUCCUUCUGAAGGUCUCCUGACACUGGUUCAGCGCUCCCUUGAGGAAAGCGCACUCCUUUUACAGGCUCAGGGCCGGCCCCGUUUACCUUCCCAGGAAUCCCUGUCCCGUAGACCGUUGCCUGCGCUCCCGGUGCCUGAUGGAAAGUCACCUGGAGGUGGGAUGGGUUCUCGAAAAGGGAGCUGGAUCCAGGAGAGGCCUCUGCCGCCGACUCCACAGCCUGCUUUCCCUCUGCCUCCUGCUCCUUCAACAGUGACCAUGACAGUGGGACCUGUUGACGGAGAGGACGAUCCCAGCAAUGAGUACGCUGGUAUCGGACUGACCCCCAUCCACCCACCAGUACCUUCUGGAGACAGUGUGGGAUAUGUCAAACUCCAGGGAAAACCUGAUCUAACUGCUGAUUUUGUGGCAGAGAAUGGACAACUACAAGCCAUCACUGCAGAACCAAGGAUGACACCCUCCCCCCCUCUGCCGGUGUCCCUUUCCCUGGAGGACUCGGAGCUGCUCUCCUUCUACUCCUCUCAGAGCCUGGCCCACCUCUCCUGCCUGGCUGACGCCAUUGACGUGCUGUUCAGCAGCGUGCAGGGCAACCAGCCUCCACGCAUCUUUGUGGCCAGAGGAAAGAGUCUCAUUGUGACGGCACACAAGCUGGUGUUCAUCAGUGACACCCUCUCCCGCCUCCUUACCUCCACCGACCUCCGGACCAAGAUCACGGCCUCAGGGGGGCGACUCUGCCAGGCUUUGAAGGCAGUCGUGGUGGCAACCAAGGGUGCUGCCCAGAACUACCCCUCCGUGUCAGCCACCCAGGAGAUGGUGGACCAUGUGGCUGAACUUUCCCAGCAGGCCGCCGGCUUCUCCACUCUGCUCCAACGUCUGGCAGAAAUCUCCUCAUGAUAUAUGAUGUCAUUUUUACAGAAAAGCGUUCAAACACUCCACCUUAGUCCACUCAGAAAUGCCUUAUUUAUGGCUAGUGUCUUUGAUUAGCAGUGAUUGAAUGGUUAUUGAUCUUCUCCGCAGCUGUGAGUCAGCUGGGUCUGGACUCUGAUGGUUCUUCUAUGGUUGGAGUGUGUGCUGUUUUUAGGUCUGUCUUUAUGAACCCACCCCUGAGCUUUGACUCUGAGCACACGUGUCUUUCUCAGUAUUAACUUAUUGAAUUUUCACAGCCCCCCUGCUGUGGCUUUGAUGCUCCUUGUGAGCUGCUGAUUUUUGGAGCUUUCCUCUGUAUGUUGGCUGUCUCUCAUGAAGGCAAUGUUUCCUUCCUUCCUCUAUUUAUUCAGCUGUCCCUGUGCCCCAGAUAUAGCACAGAAGACAUCCUGACUCCGGCUUACUUUAAAACUGUUACAUUCUUUCUGUCAUAUUCAUUCUGAAGCUGUAGAGGCAGCAUUGCAUCUUUAGGGGACUUUUUAAAGAGGAAAUGAAAGCAUGUGGUGUUUUUGUAUGGAAUCAUUUUUGAGAACUUGCCAACUUGCCAUAUCACUGAAGAAACAUUUUCUCAUGUGUUCUUCCUGACAGAGACAGGAGCUGAGUCCUUUUAUUUCCAGUGACUUAACAAGAAUAAUGGCAGUUUAGUGGCAAGUUGCUUAAUAUUGUUUUCCCACGGUAGUGUCAUAAUCUGGCAGUGUUUGUGAGAAACCUGUGUACCAAGGUUGCCAGUCCCUACAUGUUCUGUUCUGUUCAGCACAGCUUUGUUUGACUUUUUCUCUCCUUGUUAUUGUCAUGUAGCCACAGUUUGUCUGCUCUUUAGCAGCAUGGCUAGAGCUCGCUCACGGAAGACUACUCCAGGAACUGUCUGCUUUUACAGUGAGGUCUAGUCACGUCCAGGAAUAAUGUUUGUAAUAAUUCUCCAGAACCUUUUUACUCUAUGCUCAGUUUGAACAGCAGUAGGUUGUUCUGAUUGUUUCUGCAUGAAUGAAUGCAGCACUACUUCUGACAUGUGAUUGGCUGAUGCGAUAUUUCAGUCAGCGGACAAUUGAAUAGGUGUACCUAUGCAGUGGCCGGUCAGUGUGCACACUGUUUCCACAGUGAAGGGGAGUUCACUGUACUGGAAACUAUUUUUUGUUUACCAAGAUGACACAUUGACACGUACCUAACAGAAGCUGUUUUGCAUGUCCAAGAUCUGGAGUGAAGCACAAUCAACUUUGGCAUCAGUGUUACUGUUUAUUUGAUCAGAAGUCCUUUGUAGUUCUGUUUUUGACUGUUUCUGUCUGACUGCCAUUAUUUACUGCAGUCAUCAGGUACAGUGUUUUUAUGGAACGUUAAACAGACUGGAAGUGUGUUUUUUAUACCUUAACACCACAGACCUUAUAUAUUAUUCACCCUUGGGCAUAGUUUUCAAUUACUUUUCAAUUAAUAUUCUGCAUUUUUAUAAUCCAGCAUAGUCUGAGUAACUAUAUUGGUAAUCUAAGGUAUUGCAUUACUCUUUUUUCACUUGUGUGGUUCAUUUUUAACCAAACGUUUGCAGUACAGUUUGUUCUUGCCGUUUUCUGUUUUGCAGUGCCACCUGGUGGAGGUUAUAACCAAUGCGCCUUCCUGCCAUAACACUAAACUGUACGAAUGAAGAAAGUAACCUUUAGCUAUAAAUAUUUAUUAUCUUAACUUUUUGCGUGAUUGUUUUUUCCCCAGUUUGCAUGGCUUUAAAUCGCUUGAGUUUUAUAUAAAUGUGCACAUACAUCACCAGGGUGAUUUUUGGUGAUGUACAAUUUGAUUUUCAUCUAUUUUGGGGAAGGGGGGUUGACAAUUUCAAUAUAUAUGCCUGUAUUUUUUUGUACAAAUAUGUUGGGUUUCUUUUUUUUUUUUUUACAGUUUUUUUAAAAACAUGUUACUUUCAUUGAUAUUUGCAGAAGAUUCAAAAAUGACUUCUGCAGUUAAACAGACAACCUCUUUUACACUACAUUGGAUGUCUCUGUGUUCCUAUUCAGAAUGCACAAAUACAACUUUUGCUAUUAAAAACAAUGUUUUGUAUUUUUA